AUGGAAGCAAUUAGAAAACAAGCCUCUAGACUCAGAGAACAGGUCGCUCGUCAACAGCAGGCUGUCCUGAAGCAGUUUGGGGCAGGGGGAUAUGGAGGUCCAGACAAUGUUUUGAAUAAUGAUGGCGAGUUCCAGCAGCAUCAGAAACUUGAGAAGCUUUACAUAUCCACUCGUGCUGCCAAGCAUUUCCAAAGGGACAUUGUUCGUGGCGUUGAAGGUUAUAUAGUUACUGGGUCCAAACAAGUUGAGAUAGGGACUAAGUUAUCAGAAGAUAGCAGGAAAUAUGGUGUUGAGAAUACAUGUACUAGUGGUAAUACCUUAUCAAAAGCCGCGACCAGUUUUGCUCGAGCUCGUGCUCAAAUGGAGAAGGAACAUGGAAAUCUUUUAAAAGCCUUUGGCACACAGGUUGCAGAACCAUUAAGAGCAAUGGUAAUGGGAGCUCCUUUAGAAGAUGCUCGUCAUCUUGCUCAACGAUAUGAUAGAAUGCGACAAGAGGCUGAAGCUCAGGCUGUUGAACUUUCCCGAAGGCAAGCAAAACUAAGAGAAGGAACUGGCACCCCUGAAAUGGCUUUGAAACUAGAAGCUUCUGAAUCUAAAUUGCAAGAUCUGAAGUCCAAUGUGGCUACACUAGGGAAAGAAGCUGCAGCAGCUAUGGCUGCUGUAGAAGCUCAACAACAGAGGUUAACACUGCAACGAUUAAUAGCCAUGGUUGAAGCAGAACGUGCUUACCAUCAGCGAGUUCUUCAAAUACUUGAUCAGUUAGGAGGCGAGAUGAUGUCAGAGCGCCAACGAAUUGAAGCAGCUCCUGCUCCAAGCAUGGACAGUAUGCCUCAACCUCCAUCCUAUGAAGAAGUAGAUGACAUCUCUACUACACCAGUGCAAAAUGGGUCUUCCGAUGGCAUGGGUUACUUUCUUGGCGAAGUCAUGUACACAUAUCAAGCUGAAUCUGACGUGGAGCUUAAUUUAUCAAUUGGCGAUUAUGUAGUUGUUCGUAAGGUUUCAAACAAUGGCUGGGCUGAAGGUGAAUGCAAAGGAAAAGCCGGUUGGUUUCCAUUUGGAUACAUCGAAAGACGGGAGCGUGUUCUUGCAAGCAAGCAUUAUAAGCUGCCUACACGGUGCAUAAUGCAGGCAACUGUAGUUGCUUGCUUGCAGUUGCCUGCUUGCACGCAACAAGUUACCUGCAUAGUGCAUAAUGCAGGCAGCUGUGUGCAAGCAAGCUCAAGCCCACCGAGCCUCGAACUGAGCCGACUUGAGCUUGUUUCGAGUCAAACCACUGGUCGCCCAAGCCAGUGA